CAAGGUUUUGGAAGUUUUAAAAUAUGAAGACCUCAUCGACACGAUUGAAUCUGCAUUCAGAAAGUUUUCUUCACGUCCUGAGUCAGGAGUCUGCCAACCAGCGAGGAGUGUCAUAUUAGUUCCACCCAAAAAUGGUUUAAUCAACGAGAGGGACCUCACAGUUUGAAACAGUGUAAAAUGCUUGAUAACCAACCUUACCUACCUCGAGCACAAUCACAGAUGAACUUGCCACGAUAUUUUGGAGUUAUGCCAGGCUACAGUCAGCAGGAUGAAGCAAUAGCUACCAAGCUGAUCACAUACUUUCCAUUGAAUAAAGAUGUGCGGACCUUCCAUGCUGUUAUCCUGGUGUUUGAUGCCAACACUGGACUACCUAAAACUAUAAUGGACGGAGAGUUAAUCACAACGAUGAGGACGGCAGCAGCAUCGGCGGUGGCUACCAAGUACCUGUCCGCCCCGAACUCCACGACUCUUGCCAUCCUCGGUGCCGGCACCCAGGCCAGAUCCCACUUCCACGCCCUGGCUAGCGUCAGAACCUUCCACAAUGUGAGACUGUGGAACUGGAGGAGGGAACGUGCUGACAUUCUUGCAGCUGAGAUCGGGGCCACAGUUUGUACAACUGUAGAAGAGGCCGUCUGUGAUGCUGAUGUCAUCGUCACGGUAACAUCCUCACCGACGCCAGUCCUGAAGAAAGAUUGGGUUAAACCUGGGGCCCACAUCAAUGCAGUGGGUGCCUGCCGAGCGGAUCGCCAGGAGUUAGAGCCAGACCUAAUGCUUCACAGCGUGGUGUACGCUGACAGCUAUGAGGGAGGGUACAAAGAAAGUGGUGACAUUAUCUUGUCGAAGGCAGAGAUAUAUGCAGAACUAGGGGAGGUAAUUCUCCGGAAGAAGGAAGCUCACGUGGACAAAACAACUGUCUUUAAAUCUCUUGGUCUUGGCAUUCAGGAUGUUGUGUCGGCCAAACUGGUGAUGGACAAAAUAGAGGAGCAGACGGCUUGAGCCUGGAGGCAGCUAGGGGAUGCAAUCCACACAGUGGUCUGAGGGGUACACCUGUCUCACCUCCUAUACACUGAUGAGCAUAUACUAAUGCCUUAUCAAUAUCAGACCAAUUUCAGAGAGUAUUUUGACAGGUAGUUUUACAGAUCAAAUGACAUCUUCCUGAGGCAAGGGUUUUAACUGACUAUAAAAGUCCAGUUUCCACCCUUAUUUGGAAUUUCUGGCUUUCAUUUUGGCUGAACUAAAAAGUCUAAGCAUAGUAUUCAAAAUUGCAUAAUGAAAUCAAUAUCUGGUUUGUAAACAACAUGGCAACUGCUGUGCAGUUAUCAGUCGAUUGCAGAAUUUGCAAAGCAUGUUUGUCGUUAAAUGGGCGUCGACAGAUAUUUUGCAGAAUCUAUUCAUAUUUUUAAUCCAGGUGCUCAAGAUCUGAUGCACUUUGCCAGGUAAGACCACUUUUAAUGCAAUCUUGAUUAUUCAAGUGACAUGACAGGUGGAAACUGAUUGGUUGAUAGGAGGGACAUAAAAGUGCCAUAACUUAAAAUAGCCAUUGGUGGCACUAUGACGGAGCCACGAAAUUCUGGCCUUGUUUGGCAAGCAAAUUGUUUGCAUAAAUUCAACUAAAUCAAGAUGCAAUUUGUGAUUUUUCAAUAUUUGUGAUGUUUGAAUGCAGGCAGGUAACUCUGAAGAUGGGCAGGCAACACUUAUGGGUCACCUACCCUACUGUCUUGUUGUGGUUUACAAUUAUUUCAAACACUGGGCUAUUUAUUGUUUUUGAACAAUACAUGUACUGGUAAUUACAUUUAUAUAUUUAUUUUAUGUUGUAAAAACAUUUUUUGUCAAGUAUUGACGAAUU